GUCACAUAAACGAGAAACACUCGUCUUACCAAACUCUCUCCUACACAACCAAAACCAUCUCUUUGCAACAAAACUUGUUGUAACUCAUCUUCUUCUUCUUCUUCUCCAUCACAGACUCAUAACAAAUGGGAGAAGUUUCAGUGGUGGAGAACAAGAAAGUGAUACUAAAGAAUUAUGUAGAUGGUAUUCCUACAGAAACAGACAUGGAAGUGAAACUCGGAGAAACAAUUGAGCUAAAAGCACCAAAAGGAUCUUCUUGUUUCCUCGUCAAAAAUCUAUACUUGUCUUGUGAUCCUUACAUGAGAGGUCGUAUGCGUGAUUUUCACGGUUCCUAUCUCCCGCCUUUUGUUCCUGGCCAAGUAUAGAUUAUUCCCACAUUUUCAAGUUUUCAGCUUUUUUGUUUUUUUUUGUCGAUUGGUUCUGUAAUUGGUCUUUUGGGUAUCGGUUUUUGCUCAUUGGAAAAUCAAAUUUUGAAGAGGGAUAGGUAAGUAGAGUUUUUGUGUGAUAGAGAGAUUUUUGCACACCAAGUGUUCGACGUUUUGAUGGAACUUGUGUUAGUUGUGUAUGUAUCUAGAAAUGUUGCGAAGUCUUGAGAUUUGUCUUGUUUAUUGGUGAAUUGUUCAUAUUUGAAGAGAGAGAGAUGUGUAGAUGCUGUAUAUAUGCUUUAGAGAGAUCAUGCACACCAAGUUUUCGAUGUUUUGACGAAUGGAUAUAUUAUAUGCUGAGGAAACUUGAGAUUUGUUAUAUUUUAUUGGUGAAAUUGUUCAUAUUCUUCAAUGACUCUUUAAUAUGUUUCUUUGGUUGACGUUUCCUUUGUUAUAUGCUCUGUAUUAAGCGACUGAUAGUUUUGUAAUCUUGAUGCAGCGUAUCGAAGGGUUUGGUUUAGCAAGAGUGAUAGAUUCUGAUGAUACUAAUUAUAAGCCCGGCGAUAUAGUCUCUGGUAUCAUUGGUUGGGAAGAAUACAGUUUGCUACGUAGUUCAGAUAACCUACAGUUGAGAAAUAUUCAGUUAGACGACGACAUUCCGCUUUCUUAUCAUCUCGGACUUCUCGGGAUGGCUGGAUUUACAGCAUAUGCAGGGUUUAAUGAGAUAUGUUGUCCUAAGAAAGGGGACAGUGUUUUUGUCUCUGCAGCAUGUGGAGCAGUUGGACAACUUGUUGGUCAGCUAGCUAAGUUGCACGGCUGCUAUGUUGUUGGUAGCGCCGGUAGUAAGCAAAAGGUUGAGAUCCUUAAAAACGAGCUUGGAUAUGAUGAAGCCUUUAACUACAAGGAAGAGGCUGAUCUUGAUACUGCUUUGAAGAGGUACUUCCCGGAGGGGAUAGAUAUCUACUUCGAUAACGUGGGUGGAUCCAUGCUUGAUGCAGCGCUCCUCAACAUGAAGGUACGUGGAAGAAUCGCGCUCUGUGGAAUGGUGUCUUUGCAAAGCCUCUCAACUUCAUCACAAGGAAUCAAGAACCUAUACAGCGCUAUCUACAAACGUUUAAGGUUAGAAGGGUUCUUGCAGAGCGAUUACCUUCAUAUCUUCCCACAGUUUCUUGAAAAUGUCAAGAGAUAUUACAAAGAAGGCAAGAUUGUCUACGUCGAAGAUAUAUCUGAAGGCCUCGACCUCGCUCCCGCUGCACUUGUUGGGCUGUUUUCCGGGAAAAAUAUCGGUAAACAGGUUGUUCGGGUUGCUAAAGAGUGAUUGUUUCUGAAAGUAUAUUGCAAGUGAUUUAAGAACAUACAUUGGAUGAAAUAAAGCCACGUUAUGUAUAACAUCUUCUUGUCGAAGUCAAUGUAUGUAUAAGUCUCUUAUGGAAAAACGUUAGUUAAGCAACAAUGUUUUAAAAGUCUUCAUAACUAGAACUAGAUUAAAUUAAGAAUUAGUAAGUCGAUUACGCAAAGAUAAUGAAUUCAUGUUGCCAU